GGCUCACCACGACCACGAUCCUCCUACGCGUGCUACCCCCAGCUCCCACCACGGCAACGCAUCAUCGCAACGUUAAUAGACGACCUCGCGAGACGGCACCGGCGAGAUGACGGCAGCUACCAACGGCGGCGGCCAGCCUGCCGACCCCGAGAAGGUCUCCGUCUCGGGUUCGACCACCACGCCCCCCGAGCACCAGACUCUUGACGGCGCACAAGACAGCCCCCAGGAGCCGCCCAAGAGGACUAUUACCGGCGUGAAGUGGUUUUUCGCCUACGCUUCGCUCAUGUCGACUGUCCUGCUCUUCGCGCUCGAUAACACCAUCGUCGCGACGAUUCAACCUACCAUCGUUGAGACGUUUGGCGAGCAGGAAAGCUUGGCGUGGAUCGGGGUCAGCUUCGUGCUGGGCCAGGUCGUCAUCUUACCCAUUGGAAAAGCGUUCGGUCUCUUCAGCAUGAAGUGGGUGUUCCUGAUCUGCAUCUUCCUCUUCGAGGCGGGCAGUGCCAUCUGCGGCGCCGCGCCCAACAUGGCGGCCCUCAUCAUCGGCCGCGUCAUCGCCGGCGUCGGCGGUUGCGGCGUCUACGUGGGAGGCUUGACCUACGUCAGCAUCCUGACCACCCCGCACGAGCGCCCCAUCUAUCUCGCCGGCGUCAUGUCCGUCUGGGGUGUCGGCAACGUCCUGGGCCCCAUCGUGGGCGGCUCGCUCGCCGAGAGUGCCGCGACCUGGCGCUGGGGCUUUUAUAUCAACCUGCCUAUCGCCGCCGUGUUCGCGCCCGGCUACAUCUUCUGCCUGCCCAGCAUCAACGCCAUGCCGGAUACGCCGUGGAGAAAGAAGCUCGCUAUGCAGGACUGGGUCGGAAUUGUCAUCUUUACCGCCUUUUGCGCCUGUUUCUGUAUGGCCGGCAGUUUCGGUGGCACCCUGUACGCCUGGAACAGCGGUUCGGAGAUCGCCCUCUGGGUCAUGACCGUCGUUCUGAUGAUCGCGUUCGGUUUCGUCACUUACUUCCACCCCUUCGUACCGUCUGAUCAGAGGCUGCUUCCUGUGCAUGUCAUGCGCAGCAAGGACCUUCUCAUCCUACCCCUCCAAGCUAUGCUCGUCGCAGGGUCCAUGAUGAUGGCUAUUUACUAUACACCUUUAAUAUUCCAGUUCACCAGGGGCGAUGGCGCUUUGGACGCCGGUGUCCGCAUUUUGCCUCUCAUCUGCAUGAUUGUCUUCGGGUGCCUUUCGAACGGCUUUUUGAUGCCCAAGUUCGGCUACUACUUUCCUUGGUAUGUUUUCGGCAACGCUUUGCUAUUAGCUGGCGCCGCUUGUAUGACCACUAUCGACGCAUCGAUCUCAGAUUCCGCUCUCUACGGCUUCACUGUGCUCAUCGGGCUUGGGGCAGGCUGCUUCCAGAGUGCCGGUAUCGCCGUGGUGUCAGCACUGUCCCCAGCUGCCGACAUUAACAAUGCCGUCUCCAUUAUGACCAUCUCGCAAGUCAUCGGCAUCAUAAUAUCCCUUGCAGUGUCCGGAUCCAUCUUCCAGAACAUCGCCAUAACUCAUAUCUCCGGCGUUUUGCCAAAUGCCUCGUUCGAUGAGGUCAGCCAGUUGGUUACUGGAACCAGCGGAAGCUUUUAUCAGAGCUUGGUACCCGAGGAGCAGGUAUUGGUCGUCGAUCAAGUGACAUUGGCCAUCCGGGACGCUUUCUUCUAUCUUGUUGGCACCAGUGCCAUAGGCUUCAUCACGUCUGUUUUCUUGAACCGGAAGAAGCUCUUCAUCCAGGGGGGUGCCGUCGCUGCUUAGUGUUUCAGCCCGCAAGUGUACAUUAAGACGUCCGAUCCUUUGGAUAAGCGGUCGUGAAAGGGAUCCGGAAGGCGAUGGGACGGUUAACUAGAGACCUCUGGUCUUGG